UAAUUUCAGGCUCAUUUGCAUGCUCUGAAUCUCAAAAGCCAGAGGUGACCCUCAGCUGCUCAUUCCCUCGCAUCUAUCCACACUGACUGCAUCCACUCAGACUGUUGUGGUGUUUGAAGGAGAAAACCAGCAGAUAUGAACAGCAAGCAUCCUCCUUGGAUACUGGUGCAUCUUUUGAUGGUUAUUUCAGCUGUAGCUGGAACAGAUUUGGAGAACGUUGACUGGAAGAUAGUCUUCUAUCAAACGGAGGGCGACGCCACCUACGUGAGAGACACCGGAGACCUGGCUUCAGAUGUUCCCACAGAGAUCAUGUUUGAACUCUUCGAUCCUCAGAGGACCCUCAGCGCCGCAAAGUUCACCUACACCUUGGACCUGGGGAACGGAGAGGUGAUCCAGGGAACCGAACCAGUGGUCCGCUUUCGUUACUUAGAAACAGGAAACUACACCCUGAGGCUGGAAGUAGAAGUGAAUCUGGAGCAAUAUGCUCCGAUAACAAGAGUCUACUCCAAGGAUGUCCAAGUGCUUGAUGCAAUUAAGAGCAUUGAACUGGAGGGGCCAUCGGAUUACAGGGUGUCCCAGGGCUCCAGUCUGGCCGUCCAUGUGGAUGGGAGUCCUCCCAUGUGGGUCUGCCUGCGGGUUCUGAAUAACUGCCUGCCUGACCCGACGGCUGGCUGCACCCUGACCAUGCUGUAUGACAACACCCUGGGGCUGAACCACACCUUCACCUCCACUGGUGUCCACUGCCUUGACGUCAGCGUCCGCAACGACAUCAGCCAGAUGGAGACCUCCUUCAGCCUCUAUGUUGGCAGGAAAGAUUCUACCCAGGUCUUGUUUAUCCUGUCCUGCGCUGCUGUUCUUGUUGCAACCUUUGCCUUCAUAACUGUCGUUGCCUGUCGCCCUUGGAAACAAAGAAAAUCACAGGCUCCUGCUUCCAGUAACGCUGCAUUCCUAAAGGACCAAGGUCGUGAAGGCCAAAGUAAAAUAAUUUUGUCCUUCUCCUCUGUGGAGAAAGGAGAGCAAGAGCCACUCAUCCUGCAGCAUGGAACCCAGUACGGUUCUUAAUCCCCUAACUGCUCCUGGAUUUGUUCUCUUUGAGCCUCCUGCAUCAUGUAGCUCUGCAUACUCAACAUAUAUGAUACUCUGUGCAUGAUCAGGAUUAUCCUGUCAAAUAAAGUUGAAUUAGUUCCUGUGUGUCUGGG